UUGUUAACAGUCCCAGGAACCCAGGACGGUUCUACAGGGCAGCUGCGCCUGUCACCAGGUGCCACCAACCCAGGACCUUCCAGAGGUUCAGGGCACCAUGGAGAGCGGACAGAGAACAUCCCGAAAGAGCCGCAAGCUGGGCUCCAGUCGCCGGCAGCAGAUGCGAGAGCCAGCCGAUGGUCAGGAUGCUCCCAUGGCCCAGGAGCCUGUGUCCUGGUCCUCUCAGGCUCAGGAAGAGCUGCAGGCUUUUCUCCAGGACUGUGGGGCCAAGGACAGGAGGUUUGUCACCCGCCAAGACCUGGAGGCGGCCAAGUUCAGCUUCCUGGGCAGCAACGAGGAGCUGGAGAUGAUCUUUGACUGGGUGGACGUGGAACGGAAGGGACGCCUCUCCCUGGAAGAAUUCAACACCGGACUCAAAAGCAUCUUUGGCUCCAGCCUGAGCACCCACAGGCUCAGGAGAAGACGGCCACGGCCCACGAAGAGGGUGCCCACAGCCAACAGCUUCCUGGAGCUAGAAGAGGCCAACGCAGAAGAGAGGGAGGCCUUCCUGGCAUUUGUGGAGCAGCUGGGGACCAGCCCCUUUCUUCCUGAGCAGGUGGAGAUCUGGCAGCUGUGGAGGAGGCUCCGGCAGGAGGAGCCCCAGCUGGCGGGCAACCUGGAGGGCUUCCUGGCCAGGAUGAACAGCCGCCUGCAGGAGGCCCAGGCCAACAAGGAGGCACUGGAGCAGACCCUGAGGAAGCGCGACUCUGACCACCACCAGGAGGUGCGGCGGCUCUACGAGGAGAUGGAACAGCAGAUCGCACAAGACAGACAGCAGCUGCAGGCCGAGAGCGACUCGCGUGGCCUGGCCCUCAGCUCCCAGGUGCAGGAUGAGCUGAUGGCCAAGGAGUGUGAGGCCCAGCGGCUGGCUGCCAGCCACAGGGAGCUAGAAGCCCAGCUCCAGCAUCUUAGCAGCUCACAGCAGGAAGCCCAUGCGGAGAACCUGCAGCUUCGGGAGGCUGAGCGGGAACUGGCUGGGCGGCUGGAGGAGGUGCAGGGGCAGCUGCAGGUGACAAAGGGCCACCUUGCCACUGCCAGGGCCCGAGUGUCCUGGCAGACGGAGGAAGAACCCAGAGUCCUCAGCGCAAAGGAAAAGGCUCUCCUCACCCCAGAGGAGGCCCCCCUGCCUGAGAUAUUGGGGGAUAAUGAUAAUGACUGGGCUGAGCUGCUGAGCCGCUUCUGCAGCCCCUCCCACGGAGCCCUGCAGCUCACAUGGAGCCCACCCCCAACCCCCAGAGCCACCUUGGACUCCCCGCCGCCCCGCGUGGUCAGGCAGAUUUCCAUCUCAGAGUCCUGCACCUUGCCCUUGGCUCAGAAGCCAGUUGCAGGUCCAGAUGAGGAUCACAGGAACACACCUGGGAUGCCUGCUGGGGCUGAGGGCAAGGAUGGGGUGGAGCUGGAGGGGCAGGACGUUGGCCCAGAGCUGCCUGCCAAGCUUCAUAUCCUGGAGCCCAGGUUCCAGCCAGAGUCCCCAGCCGAGGAGGCCCACCUUCCCAGCGGGGAGUCACGGAGCCCGGUGGUGUCAGCUUUCAAAGCUCGGGUGCCGUUGGAGGAGGAGCCCCCUCCCCAAGCAGGCUUGCCCUCUCCCCAGGCUCUAGUUGGGCCCAGCAAACAGAUCCAGGCCUCAGACCCCCAUGACCAGGCCCCUGGGCUUACAUCUGCUGCAGCCAGGUUGCCCAAGCAAGGAGCGGCCCCUGCUCAGGACCUGCAGGCAAUAGGCUUUGAGCCGAACCCAGCAUCCCAGAAUCUAGGAGAGGAAGUCAGGAAGGAAGGAGAAGACAUAAAAAGAGGAGGGGUCCUCAGCUCUAUGCAGUCCCUGGAGGCUUCCGGCCCGCCAGCUGGGCCCUGGGAGCAGCUCCCACAUGGAGCUCUGCAGGCUUCUCUCCCAGUUCUGGCAGACACAGAAUCCCCUGAUCCUGGCAAGCUCCCUCCUGCAAGGGGCCCCCCUCCCUCGGCUCCACUAGGGGCCAUGCACACCUUCUCCUACAUGCCUGAGCUGGGAGCCCGACCCAGUCCCCCAGCAACAGCUGCUCAUCAAGAACCAUGGCCAGGUUCCUCUCCAUCCAAGGAGCCCAGGGCAGAGAGCCAUCCUGCAGAGCCAGGAAUGGACUCUGAGAGCACUGGCCAGAACCCAUCCCCGGGGACCCCCUGGCCAGGUGAGCCUCAGCUGCACCCGGACUGUGUCUUCCACAUCAUCUUCCUGGGAGAUUCCAACGUGGGCAAGACCUCCUUCCUGCACCUGCUGCAUCACAACAGCUUUGCUGUCAACCUCUCUGCCACCGUGGGUGUGGAUUUCCGGGUGAAAACCCUGCUGGUAGACAACAAAUGCUUUGCGCUGCAGCUCUGGGACACGGCUGGCCAGGAGAGGUACUUCAGCUUGUCGCGGCAGCUGCUGCGCAAGGCCGACGGCGCUGUACUCAUGUAUGACGUCACUUCGCACAGUAGCUUCACCCACAUCCGCUACUGGCUGGACUGCCUGCAGGAUGCAGGGGCAGAUGGGGUGGUCGUCCUUCUCCUGGGAAACAAGAUAGACUGCGAGAAGGAGCGGCAGGUGCCCACUGAAGCUGGGCAGCACCUGGCCCAGGAGCUGGGAGUCUCCUUUGAGGAGUGCAGUGCUGCACUAGGGCACAACAUUCUGGAACCCAUGGUGAGCCUGGUACGGUCCCUGAAGAUGCAGGAGGACCGCCUGAAGCAAACAAUGGUGGACAUGAUCUCUAGGAAGCCACCCAAGAGAGCCGGCUGCUGCUCCUGACUCCGGCCACUCCAUCCGGGCUUCCCAUCCGUCAGCUCCUGUCCACCAGCUGGAACAUUCGGGGAUACUACCCUGGAAUCAGGACUUGGUCCCCAGGGUGGACCUGCAUUGCUCCUGCCCUCCCCACAACGACUUGGUGUAAUAAAUGGGAUCGGGGGGUGGGAGAAUUGGAGUGGAGGAGCCAUGCAACUUCUUAAGGAAAGGAGAAUUCCGGAACCACAGUAUGAAGAAGGCUCUGACUAUGCAGUUUCCAGGGCAGGUGCAUUCUGGGACACACUUGUAUUUUCAGCUUAUCUGCAGCGCCAACAUGUUGCUUGCACAGUAGAGAAACACUGUGGAGCAGGAGGCAGGCCCCCAGAUCAGGGCACUGGCUGGCCCCAGGCCACUUGCCCAGGUUGGUACUUCUCAGUUGUGUGGGUCCUGGGCCAUUCCCUGGUGGACAGACACAGAGCAGAGAGCCGGAAAGAGCAAGCGGGACCUGGAAGGUCUGUCCAAUGUUGGAGGUCUCCCGGUUCCUGUCUCCAUCCCACUCUCCAUUCUUAAAGGACUGUUCAGUCACAGUGAGCGCUGGGUCACUAAGGCCUUGCACGCAGAGGCCAGGUGGGGCAGAAGCUCACCUCUCAGAGGACACGCCCCACCCACUGCCCAUGCCUGGAGUGGCCCCUUCUCUCUCCUGCCAUUCAGUCCUGUUUUGUACUGCAUGACCUCCAGCAGCAUCUUGAUUUUCUUACCCCAGAGUUCUCUCCUCCCCAGGACCGUCUCCCCUCUCACCCAUGUCCCACCCUGGUCAGCUCUGAGCAGUUUCCAGGCCAUAGUGCCUGGAGAGAGAGUCCAGGCAGGGCCCUCUGGCCUGUCCGCCAGCUGUUGCGUCCCAGGGUCCGGCUCAGCAUCAACCCUCAGGAAGUGGCUGAGUCACCAGCAAGCUUCUCCCAGCUGUACCUCGAGGGCAUCAGCACGGGCUCCAGGGCACAUUGGGGGGAUUCCUGUGGGACAACUCUCACAGGAGGCAGUGUGACGUGUGGGACGCGUCUAGCUUCUCCCCUCCAUGCCAGGUCCCUAAGCUCAUCUGUCCCCUAGAAUCAGUCGGAAUCCUUCAGCAAAUGCUCAGUGCUAGGCUAGCCAACUUGCACCCGUGGGGGCAGUUCCCAGGCUGCAGGACUCUG